CUUCGCUCAACUUCCUCAUCCGAUCCUCUUCAGUCAGUCAAUCUCCUCCUCGAUUUCUCCCUUCUUCGUCCCAGAAGGAUCGUUAGAAGACGAAUUCAAAUCAAUCGAGAUCGUGUGGCCGCAAACCAGUGUCUCAUAGAAGAUUAUUUUUGUGUUGAGCCAACGUACAAUGACUUGGCAUUCCCGAGACGAUUCCGGAUGAGCCGACUCUUUUUUGUAGAAUAGCUGAAGAUUUGCAAGCACAAUUUGAGUACUUCCGACAACGUUACGAUGGAAGAGGUUAACUUAGGUUUACACAUUUGGAAUAGUGUACACAUGCAAUUCAUCAAUGGCUUACGAUACAAGUUCUGAUUCUCGGAAUGAAUAUCUGAAGAUGUUCGAAAAAACACAAGAUAGACUUUACGAAUUUUGCGAAGUGUAGUAAAGUGAACUCAAUGGGUGAUUCAUCAGAAGGAGAGGAAGAAGGGAAGCUUACUGGAGGUAGCCAACAACUGCUGGUUGAUGAUAACCUUCGCGAGAUGGCUAAGAUGGCUGCCUGGAGUGUCAGCUCUUCGAAAGCUGGAAAUGGUGUUGCUUCCCUUCGAGAUGGCAACCUUGAUACUUUUUGGCAGUCUGACGGGACACAACCACAUUUGGUAAAUAUUCAAUUUCAGAAGAAAGUCAAGCUCCAAUUGGUAGUUCUAUAUGUAGAUUUUAAGCUUGAUGAGAGCUACACGCCUAAUAAAAUUUCAAUACGAGCUGGUGAUGGCUUCCACAACUUGAAGGAGAUAAAAUCAGUGGAACUUGUCAAACCAAGUGGCUGGGUGUACAUAUCGUUGUCAGGGAAUGAUCCUCGGGAAACCUUUGUGAAUGCUUUCAUGUUGCAAGUGGCAAUUUUGUCGAACCAUCUAAACGGGAGGGACACACAUGUCCGCCAGAUUAAAGUCUAUGGGCCUCGACCGAAUCCCAUUCCUCUUCAGUCAUUCCAAUUCACGUCAAAAGAGUUUAUUACAUACUCUAUUUUGAGGUAAAGCCGGAGAAGAUUCACUGUUUUUUUGGCUUUGAGGCAUGAUCGGAUAAAGCAGAAUGAUUCUUUAAACUGUGAAAUGCUCUCUUAUAGUAAAAUGCAGUUAGUCAAUGUAACUUUCAAUGUUCAUCAUGGGUCAUAUGCUCUAAACAUAGAGGUCGCUCUACGUAGAUCGGACCCCUUAGCCUACAAUGAGCGGUAGCUUUUAAGGCAUUGAGGUAAUGUUGUUCUUAAACAAGUAGAAAGGAGCCUUACAAAGCCAUUUCUGUUUUAUUUGCUACAAAUUGCAAAAACUAAUUUAUGAUGUAUUAUUUGCUAUAAAUUGUUUCCAUCAUCUCCGAUGGAGUCAAAAUUUCACCAUUUUUGGCUUUGGGGUGUGAUGGAAUAAAUCAAAAUGGAUCUCUAAACUAUCUGCGCUUCUUUAAUUAAUGAAGUAGCAGUUAGUCAAACACUGCAACUUUCGAUGUUGAGCCGGGGGUCUCUUUGGA